AUGACUCUGAGGCUGCUCAACACAGAGCGCAACCACCUCCUGUCACCAAAGCCGCAGAGCCCGCGGGAUGCCGCCUUGUCGCUGCUGAGGUCACCCAGGGUGUCCUGCAGCAGCCCCAAGCCGAAGGCCGCCAAGAUGGCGCACGGCGGCCUGGAGCGCUCGCUCAGCUUCAAGAACUGGGAGGCGGAUGCGGCGGCCGCGGCCGCGGCGGCCAGCCGGGGCGGCGGCAUCAACGGCGCGCGCCCGGGCACCCUGGCCCUGCAGCAGCAGCAGAGCCCCCGGCGCGUGCGAUGCUCGGUGGACGACGACGAGUACCCGUCGUUCAAGAAGCAGGAGGCGGCUCCAGAAGAGCAGCAGGCGGCCGCCCCAGUGGUCACCGAAGAAGCUGCUGCAGACGCUGAGGCCGUGGAGGACCAACAAGCAGUGGUGGAGCUGCCCGCGGUGGACAUCGUGAAGGAGGACACGGCCACGGCCACGGCCACGGACGCCGUCGCGGACGUUGCGUUCUCUGAUCGGGUACCAUUCUUUUGUACGUUUCUUCACCAUCGUCUUUUGACCUGA